AUGGCGUGCCUUUAUAGGAUAGGUUUGUGUUUGGGAAUUAUAAGUCUAAAUGUACCUGGAUCACAUCAGCAAUCACCCAGCUCUCUUUUCCUGGUGUCUGUUCCAGAGCAGAUUCACGCUGGGAUGCCCACGUCGUUGGCAGUGACCAUCCUGGCAGAUUUCAGUGUCCGUGUCUCUGCUGAAAUUUUACAGGGCAAUGUCAAAAUGGAGAAAUCUGAAGCGUUUACAAAAGAUGUGACAGGACUGCUUACAAUUCCUCCAAUUUAUGACUCAAAUCUUAAGAGUUCUCCAUUCACGCUGACUGUGAGAGGCUACAAAGGCGAUGAGGUUAUUUUUACCAACAUCACUACUAUACCGUUCAGUUCCAGAAAUGUCACUGUGUUCAGUCAGACGGACAAACCACGCUACCAGCCAGGGGACCAUGUGAGGGUCAGGGUGGCAUUAGUCUACCACGAUAAUUAUCCUUACAAUGGCAAAGUGGACCUCUCUAUAAAUAAUCCCAGUGGGAAUGCUGCCGACAGAUCUCAGUCCAGUGGGAAUAAUGGGAUUGUGUUGCGAGAUUUCAUCCUACCCCAGGCAGGUCCACUUGGACGGUGGACAGUCGUAACAACAAUCAAUGGGUUGACUGAUGCUAUAACCUUUUUUGUGGAACAUUUUGAAAAUCCUGCUUUUGAUGUUUUGAUCAACACACCCUCUCAUGUUCUGACUCGUGAGGAUAUCUCAGGAUCUGUGAGGGCCCUUUACUCCAGUGGGCAGCCUGUGCACGGGACAGUCAAAGUUACACUCACACUUGUACCCACAGCUGAUGAUGACUCGACCUUCACUUUGACUCAGACCAGAGAGAUCUAUGGGUCCACAAACUUUCAUUUCAGUAAGGAUGAUUUGCAUUCACUGAUUGCAAAAGUACAAAGUGGCAAAGAUGUUAUGGUCUCCCUCCAUGCUGCUGUUAUUAAUAACUCCACAAUCACCAAAGGAAUUGAAGUAACCAAACAAGUUACAGUUCAAAUUUCCAAGGAGAUGUAUCACCUAACAUUACACAACUAUCCUCAAGCACUAAAGCCGGGAAUGGAGUUCUUUGCAAAGCUCAAGAUCUCUCGCUUUGACCAGCAGUCCUUGAGCUCAGCAGAUAUGCGUGAGUCUGUGUGGAUUGAGAUAACUCAGACCUCCAUGGACACUGGUGAGCCCACGUCUCUCUCACGUCCGGUGCCUGAAGACGGGAUUGUCCGCGUGAGCUUCAGAUUACAGGCUGAAGUAGAGGCGCUUUUUAUUCAGGCAAGAUUCCACUCCAGCGUUGUUGCUAUAAAUCUCUCCAGAAUUCACCCAUCUCCAAGUGCUUCCUAUAUCCAGAUCUCUCCAAUAACUCCCACACAGAUAGGAUCACCUGUUCAGAUCACCUUGGAGAGCUCAGUCGAGCCUAAACUGCUUCACUACGUGGUGAAAUCCAGGGGGCAGGUUGUGGCUGCUGGGACAAAGACAUUUGGUUCUUUCUCUCUGACUCCCACAGCAGCCUGGGUCCCUCAGGCCUGUGUGACUGUCUACUGUGUCCUCGCUAACGGGGAGAUCAUGAGUGACACCGCAGAUCUUCUGGUCAAACAGCAAGAGAUCUCUCUCAACUGGAGCAGUAAGGCAGCCCAGCCAGGGGAGCAGGUGACCAUCAGUGUCACUGGGCCUGACAGUGGCUCUCUGGUGGGCAUCGUCAUCAUGGGCAUGCACGACUCUGCUCCAGAGGUUUCCACACACUUUGAAGUGGAACAGGAAUGUUUUGUUCGGAUGUUGACAAAUGGGAAAUUGUAUAAAACCCAGUCAUUUGAUGGCUCUACCCAAGAUAUGAUAGAGAAAUACUGGUACCAUUUUAUGGAUGGAGCUGAAUCUCUGAUGUGGUUAGAUGCAACAAUGGGUGAUACUACGUGGACGAGUGAGAAAAUAACAGUACCAGAUGGUGUGAACUCCCUCAGAGCUGCAGCUUUCGUCAUGUCACAAAAACACGGACUGGGCUUCACAUCACAGAAAUUGUCUAUUACCAAAGACUUCUCCCUGUCUCUCAAUGUGCCUCCAUACCUUAUUCGAGGAGAGGAGAUAGUUCUGGAGGUCAACAUCAUCAACCAUCUACACCGGGACCUUGAGGUCAUCUUACUGCUGGCGGAAAGUGAUGCAUUCGAGUUUGUUAUGGCCCAACGUGGGGGUCUCUCAGUCGUGAAUGCCCAACAGCUGACGUUGGGAAGCCAUGUCUCUGCUAAAGCCAUGUUUCCUGUCAGAGUGACUGCUUUAGGGGAGGUGGAUAUUUCUGUGGACGCUGUAUCUGCAGAUGCAUCAGAAAGCCUAGUUUGGACUGUCUUCGUGAAGCCUGAGGGAGUUGAGGAAUCUGUUUCGGAGAAUCUUUUUUUGGAGCUACCACCUACUAUGAACAACUUCUCCAUCUCUGCCACCUUUGCUUUUCCAGCAGGAGUGAUCCCGGACACCCGCAGGGCACAUCUGGCUAUAGGGGGGGACAUACUGGCCUUGUCCAUUCACCAGCUGGACUCUCUGGUGGACCUGCCUCUUGGUUGUGGAGAGCAGAACAUGGUCCACUUUGCUCCCAGUAUUUAUGUUUUGAGAUACUUGAUGAUGUCUGGUCAGGAUGACAGUGAGAUCAGGAGCACGGCUAUGAAGCAUUUAGAGGAAGGAUAUCAGCGGCAGUUGUUAUACCAGCAAAGUGAUGGUUCAUUUGGGGCCUUUGGAGAUAGUGACAGUUCUGGCAAUACAUGGCUAACAGCAUUUGUGGUGAAGUGCUUCCAGCAAGCCCAGACCUACAUCACUGUGGACCAGAAUGUUCUGACCAGAGCCAGAGAUUGGAUGCUGAAACAGCAGGGAGCGGAGGGAGAGUUCAGAGAGGUGGGAACAGCCAUGCACACAGAGAUGCAGGAAGGACUGGACAGUGGUCCUGUGGCACUCACUGCGUACGUCCUGAUAACACUAUUGGAAGAUCAGACCACAGUUGGAAGAUACGCUGACCAGGUCUUGUUGGCUCAAACCUACCUGGAGAAAAAAAUCUCCACACAGGCUGUUAGUAACUACACUCUGGCUCUUGCUGCAUAUGCCUUAUCCAUUGCCAACACCAAGGUGUCUGUGGCCUUGGCAGAGCUCAGCAGGAGGGCGGAUAAUCGAGAUGGAGCCAAGAUAUGGAUGUCCUCUGGUGGCACUCAUUCACAUGAGCAGUCUCACGCAAUUCAGAUUGAAAUCGGUGCAUACAUUCUCCUGGCAUAUUUUAACCGUGGGGACAUUGUGGAAGCCAUUUCUGUAAUGAAAUGGCUUAGCAACCAAAGGAAUCAUCUUGGAGGUUUUGUUAGCACACAGGACACAGUGAUAGCUCUUCAGGCUUUGGCACAUUUUGCUGCUUUCAGUGGAGCCAAUGCUAUUGACCUCAGGCUUAAGAUAACUGCCCCAACAACCACAUUUUCUUCAAUUCAUCAUAUCAACUCAACCAACUACCGCAUGUAUCAAAGGCAAGAGAUUGAUGUUUACGAUGAUCUAAAACUGGACAUAUACAUGGAAGGAAGAGGAUUUGCUACAUUUCAGAUGAAUGUUUUCUACAAUAUGGACAGCAAAACCUUUUCAGAAAAUCUCCAAAGCAUCACGAACGAGGAGGCCUUCUUGUUAAAUGUGAAAGUUAACACUCAAGGAGAUGACUACAACCGAUUACAGUUAUCUGUCUGUAUGAGACUCAAGGACACUAAGACCAUCUCCAGUACAGGGAUGGCCAUUCUGGAUGUGGGCAUGCUCAGUGGGUUCACUAUUUCCCCUGGAGCCACUACACCAACAGACAUGAUCCCCAAGACUGAAACGUUAUCUGAUAAAGUCAUCUUUUAUUUUCACACUCUGAACACUACAGAGGUCUGCGUCACACUUCCCCUCAUCAGAAUUUACAAGGUGGCUCAUAUACAAGAUGCAGUAGUGCGUGUUUAUGACUACUAUGAACCAACGAGAAAAGCCACCAGGACGUACAACCUGGAUGACCUGCGUACCCUGGACUCGUGUGUGUUCUGUGGUGAGAACUGUGAGCUGUGUGAGCCUGGAGUCUCUAUCAUUGUGUCUGGUAUAACAUCCCAUUCUGUAAUUAGCGCCACCUACAGUUUGACCUGUCUACUUUUAACUGCUAUUUGUACUUUUCUACUGAUUAGUAGACUGGCUGAUUAGUAUGUAGAUGUUCUCUACAAAGAAAAUGGGUAUUUAUGUGCAAUUUCAUUUGAAGGUUGUUUCAAACACUGUGUAACUUUCUAUUCCAAGAUUACAUGCCUUGUACAUGUGCGGCGAAGUAGAUACAAACACAUCAGUAUCAUUAAGGCAAUGAUAGGGCAUUUUAUGGAUUUCUAUUAAAUAAAGAGAGCAAAAUUGUGUAUUAUGUUCUGAAAGAUAAAAAAAAAUCCUUGUUGUACUUUUUGUUAAAAUGAAGGAAAAUAAUGUAUGCGAUUAUGUAAUUGUAUAUAAUAUUUAGCCAAGAACUUAGCUUAGCAUGUAUAUGGGCACAAGUUGGAUGUU